GCUCGCCGCGGCGGAAACCCGGGAGCGGCUGUAGCCCAACGGCCCUGGCCCUCGCCCCUAGGCACUAGCAAGCGCCUUGAAAUAACAGCCGCAGCGGCGCGCGAACACGUUACUGGCAGCGGGGAAGGGGAGCGGACCGAGGGCGCCGCUUAGAAGAUUAUGGCACAGGCUCAAGGCUUUGGGAGAAGAUACAUUAAAGCCUUUUUUAAAGGCUUCUUUGUUGCUGUUCCUGUGACAGUGACUUUUCUAGAUAGAGUGGCCUGUGUCGCAAGAGUGGAAGGAGCAUCAAUGCAGCCUUCCUUGAAUCCAGGGGAAAGACAGAUAUCUGAUGUAGUGCUUUUAAACCAUUGGAGCAUUAGGAAUUAUGAAGUGCAACGUGGAGACAUUGUGUCAUUAGUGUCUCCUAAAAACCCUGAACAGAAGAUCAUUAAACGAGUGAUUGCUCUUGAAGGAGACAUUGUCAAAACCAUUGGGUACAAAAACAAGUAUGUGAAAGUUCCGCAUGGCCAUAUAUGGGUGGAAGGUGAUCACCACGGGCACAGCUUUGACAGUAAUGCUUUUGGCCCGGUUUCUCUUGGGCUUUUACAUGCUCGUGCUACCCAUAUCCUGUGGCCUCCCAGGCGCUGGCAGAAGUUACAACCUAUGCUGCCUCCAGAACGUACACCUCUUCACAGUGAUCAAGAAUGACCUACAUGCGCAUGAUGGAGAAAUGAAAUAUUGAUAGUAGGAUUAACCAUCAAGAGGGGUAGAUGGUGUAACAGAACAAAUAAGAACGCCAAUUGUACUAUAACAGAUACUGCUGCAGCAGAAAUUCCCUUAUGUUAAGGUGUCACUUUAAAUCUAAUUUUUUUCUUUAAUCUGUAACAUCACAUGGUGCAUUAUUUUGUCUUGGAGUAAUUAUUCUCUGAUUGUGGAGUAUUCCAAGGUUCAAUUUUCUAGAAACAGUAAAAUAUAUGAGCCAUUGUCUGUUCUAGUGCUCCUGUUGAUAAGACAUUAUUGUAACAGUCUAUAAAACGUUUUAAUCUUUUGCUUUUGAUUUGUUUCUUUAACAGCUUGACAGAUCCUUGAAAAUUAAUAUUUUGUUAAAAAUGUGAAGUCAAUCCAGUACUUCAUCAUUUCAGUUAAGUCUGAAUAUGUAGAAGCAUUUACUCAUAAUAUAACAUUUUGAAUUGCACUAUAAUUGUUAAAAUUGAAAAAGCAGCAUUUCUGUAUAUGAAAAGCUAAUUGUACAAUAUGUGCAGAAAAGAAUAAAAAUGCAUCUUUAAUCCA